AUGCCGAUCCUCAAGAGCUUGAAAACAUUAAUACGAAACUAGGACUCCUAUGGAUCCAAGGUCAAUCUUCUUUAUAAGAGUAAGAAAAGGUAUCAAAGUAUGAUUGGAGGUUUACUCUCGAUCGAUCAAAGUGAAAAUUCUCAAAUCUAACUAACUGAUUAGAUAAACUUAGAUAUUGCAGUUUCCAUUCAAAUUAGUGAUGAGAAAAUAUAAAAAGAUUUAAAAACUUAAAUGAGCUGA